ACCGUCGAAUAUUUCACAGGAAGAAGCAAGUAUUGAUGAAACUACUGUUACAGCUGACUAAGCCACAGAUAAAGAGCCCACGGUGUUAAGUCUUUACGCCAUACGGUCGCCAGGAGCUAAAUGUUUUAGGACAGAAGUUGCUCCCUGCUGUCACUUGUUUCGCAAGUGUCCGGGACUUCCUGCGCUCGUGAUGCGGUGUUUCGAGAGCGUAAUUAAUGCCGCAGAUGGGCCAGAAACCAAACCGGUGACAGCAUCGCUUAUAUCAUCUGUGGAUACUUAUAAGAAUUCAGAACGUAAACUGCAAAAGCGGACCUGUUGUUUGCUAAAUGUCUUCUGGUAUACUCAUAUUCUUUGUGGCUGUACUGGCCACAGUUUUCUUCUACAGCCGUCGACACAGUAAAUUACCACUACCCCCUGGGCCACGUCCAAAGCUCUUUACCGGAAAUGCUCAUCAACUACCAAAGAAAGAGCCUUGGCUAACGUAUGCCAAGUGGGCUGAAAGCUAUGGGCCCAUAUUCUCCUUCCACGUGCCUAAUCGACAGUUUAUAGUGCUUAGCUCCCUGCAAUCAGCUACCGAAUUGCUCGACUCACGCGCCACUAUAUAUUCUGAUCGUCCAAGGGUAUGGAUGCAGACAGAACUUGCCAAGCGCAACUUGAAUCCAUUCAACAUAUCCUGCACUCACCCGUAUUUCAAGACGUAUCGCACAACCCUCAAAGCCAGUCUGAGUUCCCGCGCUAUACAAAGCUACCAGUUGCUGCAAACCGAACAAUCCCAUAUACUGCUUGGUAUUCUGCACAAGAACCCUGAACAUUUAAUCGAGCAAAUCAGAACGAACACAGCGGCCGUUGUCCUUAACCUCGCAUAUGGUUGGAAGGUUACCGACAAUAAUGACCAUCUCAUCAAUAUCCUGAAAGAAGGCCUGGAAAUGAGCGCCGUGCUAGCCCAGCCUGGACGUUGGUUGGUCGAUACGAUACCACCACUGCGUUUUCUACCUGUAUGGUUUCCAGGGGCAGGUUUCAAGCGUCUAGCCUUCGACCUCGGGAAAAAGUUAAGUAGGCUCGACAUGAUACCAUUUAACUGGGCAAAAAACCAAAUCCACAGUGGCAACUACACGCAUUCCUUCGUUUCAGAACAGCUCCUUCCAGAGGACGGGUCCACGGUCAGCGCCGAACAAGAAGAUAUCACCAAGUGGUGCAGUCUGGGGAUCUAUGCAGGGGGGGUAGACACCACAACAUCAUCCUUGUCGUCUUUUAUCCUGGCGAUGCUGCUUUAUCCAGAGGUGCAGAAGCAUGCGCAGGCAGAGGUUGAUGCCGUUGUGGGUCAGGACCGAUUUCCCGUAUUCGACGACAGAAGCAAGCUUCCGUACAUCGGAGCGCUCAUCCAGGAAAUCCUCCGCUGGGCACCCGUGGCUCCGCAAGGGAUCCCACACUACGCGAUGAGGGAAGAUGUCUACGAAGGGUACCGUAUACCCAAGGGUGCAACUGUCAUCGCAAACAUUCUUUCCAUAUCACGGGAUAAGGAGAUGUACCCUGACCCAUUGGAAUUCAGGCCUGAGCGAUUUCUCGGUCCCUCGCCCCAAUUGGACCCACGGAAAUUCAUCUUUGGGUUCGGGCGCCGCAGAUGCCCUGGGACACAUUUUGCCGAAGCCUCAUUGUACCUCAGUAUUUCUUGUAUCCUUGCUGCAUUCACGAUCGGUAAAGCACUGGAUGCGAGAGGGGAAGAGAUCACACCUCCUGCAGAGUUCGAGAGUUCUGGUUUACUCUGGCUCCCCAAACCAUUCAAGUGCAAGUUCAUCCCAAGGAAUAAGGACUUACUAGCAACUCUUUCGCAAUGAUUACUAAUUGUAUCUUUUUCUUACUAGCAGCCACGAAUCUCGUCGAGUACUGUCGGUAUUGACUAGGCUAACGCUCGUCCAAUCCAUCCUUGUCCCAUGUCUGCUCCCGAUAUUGGCAUUUCGCUAUGUUCCCGCUUCCUGUCACCGUCGCAUCACAACACGUCAUAUUUGGUUUGCAGUUGGGUCUUUCCCUCAGGCUCAAACUAGUACCUUGCUGCCUGUCUGUCUGAUGAAAAAUGUUAUCUCACAGUCUGAACAUACCCGUCUGUUGGCUAUCACGCUCUCUGCCGAAUUUGCCAGUGUGUGCCGUACUUUUCUGCGCUAGCUGCAAGCCUUGCAAGAGC